UUCAAGAAAAGUCGGAUGACUAAGCGGUGCCAAGUCGCUGCGGCAUCAUCGAGACCUGUUCUCUUGGGUUUGUGAUAGCAGGCGUCCAUCUAUUUUGUAUCAACCACGCAGAGAGGAAGCUUCUUGCCAGCCUUUCGAACCCUUUAGCUCCUUUUUUGCAUCGGCCUGGGCGGCCUUUCCACUCCUUCAUACACCCGCCCAGCAUGGCCCAGAAGGACACGCUCUUCCGUUCGGCGGGCAUGUCCCUUACCCAGCUCUACAUCUCCAACGAAAUCGGCCGCGAAGUCGUUUCUGCCCUGGGUGAAAUUGGUGUGGUGCAAUUUCGAGAUCUCAACUCCGAGACCACUGCCUUUCAACGAACCUUCACCAAAGAAAUUCGACGCCUCGACAAUGUUGAACGACAGCUGCGCUACUUCCACGCCCAGAUGGACAAGGCAAGCAUUCAGAUGCGCAGCCACUGGGAAUUCGAUCAGGACAUGCUCGCCGCACCUCAGGCUAGCGAAAUCGAUGAGCUCGUCGACAGAUCUGAAGCUCUGGAACAUCGUGUCAGCAGCUUGAACGAGAGCUACGAGACGCUCAAGAAACGAGAAGUCGAGUUGACAGAGUGGCGAUGGGUGCUGAAAGAGGCGGGCGGUUUCUUUGACCGUGCAUAUGGACAGAGUGACGAUAUCAGACAAAGUGUCGACGACGACGAUGCUCCUCUCCUCCGUAACACCGAGGCUGAAGAAGGCAGAGCUAAUGGCGAUGUCGGACAACAACAGAGCUUCGCAGUCAUGAACAUUGGCUUCGUGGCCGGUGUCAUUCGCCGUGAGAGGCUGCCAGCUUUCGAACGCAUCUUGUGGCGUACGCUUCGUGGCAACUUGUACAUGAACCAGUCAGAGAUCCCUGAACCGAUCAUCGACCCGGAGACGAACGAGGAAAUCCGCAAGAACGUGUUUGUCAUCUUUGCCCAUGGCAAGGAGAUCAUUGCAAAGAUCAGGAAGAUCUCUGAAUCUCUAGGUGCCGACCUCUACAGUGUCGACGAGAACGCCGACAUUCGACGCGACCAGAUUCACGAGGUCAACACUCGCCUCAGCGAUCUCGCCAGCGUUCUUCGCAAUACCAAAAACACUCUCGACGCGGAGCUGACUGCUAUUUCCCGGUCACUCGCUGCAUGGCUGAUCGUGAUCAAGAAAGAGAAGGCCGUCUACAACGCGUUGAACAUGUGCUCUUACGAUCAUGCCAGAAAGACUUUGAUCGCCGAAGCUUGGUGUCCUACGAACUCGCUCCCACAGAUCAGAGCCACUUUGCAAGAUGUCAAUGAUCGUGCUGGCUUGUCUGUUCCCACCAUUGUAAACCAGAUCAAGACCAACAAGACACCACCAACCUACAACAAAACGAACAAGUUCACAGAAGGGUUUCAGACUAUUAUUGAUGCAUACGGUACUGCCAAGUACCAAGAAGUCAAUCCUGGCCUGUACACCAUCGUGACCUUUCCAUUCUUGUUCGCAGUCAUGUUUGGUGACUUUGGUCAUGGCUGCUUGAUGACUAUGGCCGCUUCUGCCAUGAUCUAUUGGGAGAAGCCAUUGCUGAGGUCAAAACAAGAUGAACUCUUUUCAAUGGCCUUCUAUGGCCGAUACAUCAUGUUGAUGAUGGGUAUUUUCUCUAUGUUCACGGGUCUAAUCUACAACGACGUCUUUUCAAAGGCAUUCACACCAUUCCCAUCCGCGUGGGAGUACCCUGAAGAAGGACGACCUGAGGUCACCGCUCAUCUCAAAGGCAGUUAUCGGUAUCCAUUCGGUCUGGAUUGGGCAUGGCACGGAUCCGAGAACGACCUAAUCUUCAGCAACAGCUUCAAGAUGAAGCUUGCUAUCCUGAUGGGUUGGUGCCACAUGACCUACGCUCUGUGCUUCUCCUACAUCAAUGCUAAACACUUCAAGUCACGGAUCGACAUCUGGGGCAACUUUGUUCCUGGAAUGAUCUUCUUUCAAGGUAUCUUUGGAUACUUGAGUUUCUGCAUUGUCUACAAAUGGUCUAUCGACUGGGCUGCAGAGGGACGGAACCCUCCGUCAUUGCUCAAUAUGUUGAUUCAAAUGUUCUUGUCCCCAGGCAAUAUCGAACCAGGUGAACAGCUCUACAGUGGUCAGGCGGGAGUUCAGGUGUGUCUGCUACUCAUCGCUGUCAUCAAUGUGCCAAUCCUUCUACUCUUGAAGCCGCUAUAUCUCCGACACCAACAUAAUAAGACUGCGGCCAAGGGCUAUCGUGGUAUUGGUGACACUAGUCGCAUCACCCACGCCACCGAUCUCGACGAUGACGAUGAGCACACUAACCAUCGUCCGAAUGGCCGCCCAAGUGAAGACACCAACGACGAAGGUGCUAUGAUCACUGAGAAUAUCGAAGAAGACGAACAUGAAGAAUUUGAGUUUUCGGAGGUCAUGAUUCAUCAAACCAUUCAUACUAUCGAGUUCUGUUUGAACUGUGUCUCCCACACGGCUUCCUACUUGCGUCUCUGGGCUCUUUCGCUUGCGCACCAACAGUUGUCUGUUGUCUUGUGGGACAUGACUCUCGGAAAUGCCUUUGGUAUGAGUGGUGGUGUGCAAAUCCCGAUGAUCAUCAUUACAUUCUACCUAUGGUUUGUCUUGACCAUUGCCGUCUUGUGUAUCAUGGAAGGCACUUCUGCCAUGUUGCACAGUUUACGUCUGCAUUGGGUCGAAGCCAUGAGUAAACAUUUCGUUGGUGAGGGUGUGCCUUUUGAGCCUUUCAGCUUUAAGCUGUUGCUCGAGGAGGAACCCGUGGAUUAAACAACUGCAAUCGUGAUGGCCACAGGGCCAAGCCUGUAGCAGGGUAUAUAUGCAUUGAUACAUAGAUGAUAAUUGAUUUCUAUUGCAUACCAUAA